AUGGCGCAGGUUUUACAAGAAAAAACCUCGAUCCCUGGCAGUGACCUGCAUCUGAUCUACCUGAGCUCCAGAGCUGCCGGGUAUAAACCAGUCCUCAAAGUCACCAUGACGCAGACAUCCAUACCAUUCAACCUGAUGAAGGUUCACCUGAUGGUGGCGGUAGUGGGUCGCCUUUUCCAGAAAUGGUUUCCUGCUCAGCCGAAUCUUUCCUACACCUUCAUCUGGGACAAAACCGACGCCUACGGCCAACGAGUGUACGGACUGUCUGAGGCAGUUGUGUCAGUGGGGUUUGAAUACGAGUCGUGUCUGGACCUCAUUCUGUGGGAGAAGAGGACGGCCAUCUUGCAGGGCUACGAGAUGGACGCGUCCAACAUGGGAGGGUGGACGCUGGACAAACAUCACAUCCUGGACCUGCAGAACG